CAAUGUUGCCUAGCCAACUUGUUUAGAAGAGCUCAUUUCUAAAAGAAGCUGGAUCUUGGGAGCAACAGAGAUUCUCGAUUUUAAGAAAAUUAAGUUUGCCAUGAAAGGAUAUUUGAAGAUUUGACUUUUCCAAGGAUAAGUGUGUCAACGAUAUUGCCUGUACAAAUGUUGAAGACAGAAUCUCUUAGCACUUUAAGUGAAAGGGAGGAUGAUAUAGAUGAUUUAGAUGGUUCUAUCAUUUGGUCUCAAGAUGAUCCUUUAUCGUCAAAUGAAAUACUGGAAACAGAAACACAGUCAGGACCUGGAGGGGAUGCAACUCCUGGGAAUGUUUCUUUGUGCAGACUUUGUGCUGGAGAAGCGAUCAAUCCAGUAUAUAUUUAUUCUGAAUUAGGGGAAUCAAUGAGGUUGGCGCAUAAAAUAAACACUUGCUUAAGUAUUAAGGUUCGAAGAACCGAUCCAUUGCCAAAACAGCUUUGCAUUACGUGUGUCGAAAAAAUGAACUGGUGCGAUGAAUUUGACACACAGUGCAUCAAAGCCGAGGAAACAUUAUUGAUGAUGUUAAGAGAGAAACCGUAUUCCAACAUUCCUGAAGUAAUUACUACUGAAAUAUUGUGCGAUCAAAAAUCUUGUCCCCUUUGUCUAGAGGGAUACAUGAAGACAACAAGAUCCUGUUUAAAUGAUCCCAAGAACAUGGAACUCUAUGACAGCGAUAUUGUUCUCGAGAGUAGUGACGAGGAGCAAGCAUUCAAUGAGCUCACCGUUAACAAAGAAAUUGGAAGCAACGCAAUAAUGCUGCAGUGUUUAGGAAGUAGUCAACAGUACUUAAAAUGUGGGGCAUGCAUGAAUUUGUACCAUACGAAAGAAAUGCUCGACGAACAUAAAUGUAAGCCCAGUAUUCAAAACACAUCUAAGCCAUACAAAUGUCUAACAUGUAAUGCAACAUUUACGUUUGAAGAACGACUGAAUUUUCAUAUGCAGUUCCAUAUGGGUGCUAAGGCAUUGUACUGUGAAAUUUGUAAAGUCACUUUUGGCAAGGAAUUGAAACUGUUUUAUCACUAUAAGCGAUACCACUGUAAAGACACGACUGUAUCCUGCUUACAGUGUGGAAAAUUAUUUGAGAGUCAGGAAGAACUCCGAGUACAUGUUUGCAUGGACGGUAAAACUCGACCGCACGUGUGCGAAGUAUGCAACAAAGGUUUUUCUGAUGGAUACACAUUGAAACGCCAUAUCGUUACUCACCUUCCUGAAAAGCCUUAUAAAUGUUCAGAGUGCACAAAAAGUUUCACACAAAAAUCCAGAUUAAAUAAGCAUAUAGCUGGACAUGGUUUCGUCAUAGAGAAUACACAAACAGCCUGGAAAUGUGUGCAAUGUGGGGAAGCAUUCAACUCCUGUGAUGACGCUGACAAUCAUUACAAGACUCAUGAGGACAAAAUUACUUUGAUCGAAGAACUCUCUACAUCUAAGGUAUAUCACUGUGAAUUUUGCAAUAGUUAUUUUACAGACAUGGAUAGUCUGAAGUCUCACCAGAAUCAGCAUAUAGUGGAAAAACCUUACACCUGUAAUUUAUGUAAAUCCAUAUACAAAUCCUUUGCCGAGGCAGUUCUCCACUGGAAAGAGCAUCCUAGAACGUUUAAGGUUGUCAUUGUAUUUUUGUGCGAUAUGUGUAACAAAGAUACAAAGGAAUUAUCUUUGCUAUAUAAACACAAACAAAAGAGGCAUCAUCACGUGCCAAGAAAAUCUGAAACAGGAGAUGCGAAAUUUAUCUGUGAACUUUGCGGUAGCAUUUUUGACAGGAGUGAAGAUGUUCGAGAUCAUGGUCGCGAUCAGUGUUCUAAAUUUCCCUGUGAUAUAUGUGGCAGCUUGCUACCCACAGCGAAUUCUUUGAAUGCUCAUAAGAGAAGACACAGUGGCUUAAGACCCUAUGUUUGUAACAUCUGUGGCAAAAGUUAUACUCAAUCUAGCCACAUGUGGACUCAUAAAAGAUUCCACAUGGGUGUAAAGCCCUAUGCCUGCGAAUACUGUGAUCAGAGAUUUACAAUAAAGCCUGACUUGGCAGAUCAUACUAGGAAAAAGCAUACCAGGGAAAGACCUUUCAAGUGUGACGUUUGUCAUAAAGCCUUUCUCACAGGAUCUGUCUUUUAUCAGCACAGACUAAUACACAGGGGCGAUCGAAGAUAUAAGUGCCAUUAUUGUGAGAAAGCGUUCACCAGAACAGAAGCUUUGAACAACCACAUUAAAAUACAUACAGGAGAAAAGCCGCAUGCCUGUGACGUAUGCGGACGUUGCUUCAGACAGAAAGGAGACAUGAGAAAGCACAGGCGCACUCAACACACUGCCAAGCAAGAUAUGCAGUGAUAAAUGUCCUUGCAUUCCAAUAUUUCUACACGUCAUGACACAUUAUUGUUGUACUUCAGUUUGUUUCGGUGCCUACUGGAACUACCGAUCCUCAUUAAUAAAACGUACAAAUUCUUAAUCUUUUAUACACUGAUUUUAUAAAUGUAUUAAAAUAUUGUGGUACCACAAUGUAGUCAUGCAUGAAGACUAGCCAGCAGUGUUGCCACUGUCGCGAUUCAGUAGAAAUUGAGAAUUAACAUUUUUGCAACAAAGUGAAUAAAAGGUUCUGAUUGGCUAAA